AUGACCUUACCCAUCCGCCGUAAGGUUGAGCCAGACCCUCGACCUUCCGCGCGCGCUCACCCAGCUGACAAUACUCAUCAGCCCAACAUGGUCGGAACAACGCCAAACACGGGUCGGCCGGCUGCAGCAGCCCAAGAUUCAACGGAGCAAAAGUCUGCUGGGAAUCCAGCGCCAAUGCCGAAUGUGGUCGAAAUUUCUGGACAAGACGCUGAGACAACACCGUCGGGAGGAACUCAACUCCCCAUUCGUGUGCGUUCGAAUCACAACGGCGCGGAUCAAAUGGAUCAAGGUGUACCCUCCUUCUUUGAGCAAGUCUCGUCGUCGGCUCCAUUGUCAAGGCAGGAACUCGGACAGAGGAUGAAUGAAUCAUCGAGAUUCAACACGGCUCAAGCGUACUACAAAAAAGAACACUUGGUUGAACUUCAAGGGCCGGCGUGGCCGUCGCAGGAGCAGAUUUCCGGGCCAGCGCUGAUGCAGGAGAACUCGAGGAUCCAUUCAGUUCAAAGCUCUUCACCGGCACCGACUCAAGGCAACCCAACAGCAACGCUGCCAGUUGCAGAAACACUGCCCGACCCCAUACGCGAUGCGGCAGUGCCGCUAAACCCGUAUUCCAAAGAGCAAGCUGAGCUUCCGCUCGUCAAUGCAUGGGAAGAAUUUGGUGCUUUUUUUAAACUCUGUUUGGAAACAAGAUACCCCAAACGCAGGAAGUGGCGCAAGGCUUAA